UCAAAAAGACCGCGUCUUGUUUUGAGGUUACAUUUGACUUUGAACCAUUUGUUAUAUCGUUUAUUUGAUUUACAAUACUUAUGUAGACAAUUUCUAAAUCAUAAAUAUGAAAUUAUUACAAAAGACUAUAUUGUUUGUUAUUACAUUCUGUUUCUGUAGCAAUGUGUGUAAAAGUGCUAAAAUUAAUACCCCGAGAGUUCUGUUACCAUGGUUUGAGGAUAAAAACGUUAAUUUUACCUUUGAAAUUAUAGAAGGCGGUUGUUAUACUUGGAGUUUAUCGCGCGAUGACAUCAUAGAUCUUGAACCACUCUUCGAGGACACUUGGGGAGGUCAUUGUUCUCGUGCUGCGCGUGUUUCUGUAUCCAAGACUUGUGUCCCACCUGGUUCUGUAAUAAUUUUGGCUGAAGAAGUGAAUAGUGGCGAGAUUCUUCGUGGUGAUGUAAACAUUGACAAAAUAAGCUCUCUCAAAGUAAUGAGUACAACAUGGAAACUAUAUUUGGAAGAAGCACCAGAAGCAUUUGAAGUUUUUGCAUAUGAUGACCAAGGUAAUAAGUUUUCAACAUUAGAAGGAGUGAGCUUGAAAUGGAGCAUAGAGAAUUUUGGUAGCAGUGUUGGUGAUGAUCCUUUAGUGACUUUAGUGAGAUGGCGUGACACAGAUUAUGAAGCACCUCCUGGAAUAACUGAAAUAGAAGCAAAAGGGAUGAGAUCAUACUCUGUUCUGUUGUAUGGUCAGGCAAUGGGAGAAAGUCGCGUUACUGUGUGCCUUGGAGACAUUUGUACAGAUUUUACCUUGCAUGUUGUGGCAAGUGUUGUGCUUACCCCGGCCACAGCAGUCAUAGCGCCUGGUGAUACUCUUAGAUAUAGGGUUGUUUGUGCUCGUGCUGGUCGUCUAACAGUGCAAGAGGUUGCUGACACACUGUACUAUAUGAAAGUCCCAGAUACAGGAAUAGCUGUUUUGGAUGAUACUAUCAGUCUUGUCCGAGCUACAGAAAUUGGAUCAACUUCUGUAGUUCUUAUGUCUGGAGCCACAGAGGUAGCAACAGCAACCUUGACAGUGGCAGAACCUCAUAGCAUUAAAGUUAACCUACGACCCUCAAGUUUACUUAUACGUGGAGAACUUUUUACAGUUCAUUGCAUAUUGUUAGAUAUCAAUGGACAUCCUCUCACUGCUGGCCAAGAGAUAUUGAUACGCCUGUCUGUAGAGGGGGAAGCCAAUGUGGAUCUACUAAGAUCUACUGAAAAUGGGACCUUAACAGAUGCUGUAGCCCAGAAUUCUGGGCCAUUGACAAUUACAGCGCGACUUUAUUCAGUUGCCGGCAAGAGUUUGACAAGAAAGGUGGAGGGUGAGGUAUCAGCAGUAGCUGUGGAUCCUUUGGAAAUAGUACCACCAGAAUUAUUUGUGGCAUGGACUGAUACAAUGCAAGAGAUACAAUUAAAACACCAUGGUGGUGGCGACGAGCCUGUGGUGUGGUCUGAGAGCGAAAAGUCGUAUGGUGCUGCUAUCUCGCUAUCGACUAAAGGCGUGGUGACAAUACGCGGCGAAGGAGAUAUUGACGUCAUGGUACAAUUGAAAAACUACCCUCAUGUUCGUGCAGUUGGCAGGGUGUGGUCAGCGGCGGUGGAGCUGGUGCAGGUGUCGAGCUCGGGGCAGGCGCGGGUGGGUCGCCCGCACCACCUGCACGUAGCGCUCACCGCCACACAUCCCAACACCGGCGAACUGUACAACUUCCACAUGUGUAACUGUGAAUCAUUCGCGGUGUCAUUGCUUGAAGGUCCGGAGCCUCAUAAUGUCACUGCAGCUACAUGGAUGCAGCCUGUUGAGGGCGCGUGCUGCGUGAUAGAGUGCGUGUGGACGAGCCGCGGCGUAUCGUCGGUACGGGUGUCUCGCGGCCGCGCGGGCGACACGGCGCGGGUGCAUGUCCGGGCCGCGCCGCGUGUACUGUGGCCGCACGACACAGUCGCCGCUCUCACUGGCGCCACACUGCCGGUUAGUGUGAACUGCUCCUUAUAUUUAAUGACUGUUGCACUUUUUGAUACCAGUUGGAUUUAUCUGACAAAUAUAUCGAUCUUCUUUUUCGAUCAUUAUAGUCUAUCGAAUCACCGAUACCCCGAUGUCCAGUUGUUUACAUUCAAAUGCCGAUGGAGGGGAGAGUCCCGCAUGUCGGUGGAGUCGCAGGCGGAGGAGGAGCGCGAGGCGGCCGAGCUGGAGGCUGCGUGCGCGCCCCACGUCUCCAAGCUGCGGCUUGAGCCGCCUGACUUAGUUGGCAAUUGUUCUGGGGGUGCCAGAUUAUGGCUGAGACCAGGGCAGGAGGUGCGAGUAGGGGUGACGCUUCUGGACGCGAUAGGUCGAGAGCUUCUGGACGAGGCCGGCCCACGCGUGGGCUGGGACAGCGAGCCGCGUCACGCCGGCUUGCAGUUCGGCGCCGACCAGCUGUUUGUCGACACGCAUCCUGAGUACGCGCCUGUGCCCGUCCCAUACAAAUAUUACCAGCUCGUGGUAGCUGAUGAACAAGCUAUAGGAUGGAGUGGAUUGUUGAAAGCGAGCAUACCUGAAGCUACUGCAAGCAUACAAGCGCGCGUAGUGUCACCAUUAAAUUGUGAUCCAUUAAAGGCUACAAUGGCUUGGGAAGGGGAUACAGUGAAUGGUAUCGCCAAAGUGUCGGGUGGCAGCGGCCGGUACUACGUGGAAGCACCCAAGGGUGUGUCUGCGUCCGUCGAGAACGGAGUACUGAUUGCGACCGUGCCCGGCCCAGGGUCUUAUGAUCUCGUGGUAACGGACUUGUGCGUGCAGGGUGAGAAGCAAGUUGUUGAGGUGAAUAUCGAAGAAGUGCUAAGCGUGGAAGUGAUAACGUCUCGCGCUAUCGGCGUGGGCGCAUGCGCGGGGCUUCGCGCGGUGGCCCGCGGUUCGUCGCAGCGCCCCCUGGCGGCGAGUCGCGCGGCCGACGUGCGCACCAGCGGGCCCGUGAUCGUCCGCGACGCCUCGCUCUGCGGCCUGGCUGAAGGUUCCGCUCGAAUCCGGGCCGCUAUUGCUGGUGUUUGGAGCCCUGACGUUGAGGUGCUGGUAUUCCCACCGCUCCAAAUAGUGCCGGCGACGGCUCGCAUCCCUGCAGGCGCACGAUUGCAGCUGCGACGCUCGGGCGGACCUCCGUCGCACCUUGCUUCUACGCACUAUCGCCUCGCGACCGCCGGUCGAUCGUCGCAGAAUUGUCUCGAAGUUUCUUCAACGGGAUCUGUUCAUGGUCUCUCAACUGGUAAAGCGCGCGUAAUCUUAGUUGCAGUCGAUAUAGCUAACGUCGAAAUAGCCAGCGCUGAAGCAGAAGUUGAGGUGGUGCCAAUUACGGGACUUCGUGUGCGAGCAGCGACUCAGACAUUGCUAGUGGGUUCGCCAGGCGGGCUGUGGCUAGCGGCCGACGGACUACCAGCUGCUGCGCUGCAAGCGCUUCAGCCGCCGCCACGCGUCGCUUGGACCCUUCGUGAUCCCGCAGCUGCUAGACUGUAUGCCGGACAUGCAGACGACAUGCUUGAGAGACAAGUUGCUGAGGGUAUAGCCGUUAGGGUUGUACCAUUGAAGCCAGGUGUUAUAACAAUUGACGUCAGAGUCAGAAAUAUGGGACAGGUCGCAGAAACCCGGUCGUGGGAUAGUACUAUUGAAAUAUUGGGCAUAUCGGACAUUCGUGCUUCAGUGGAAGGUUCCCCGAACGAUAUAUCAACGGGUGAACGCCUAGCAAUUGCUGUAGGAGCUACAUUGCAAUUGAAAUCGCUACCAAGAGGGUCAUGGAAAUUGUAUGAUGAUGGGGCUCUCGAACUUAGUCCCAAUGGUGAACUGAAGGCGCUGCGACCUGGCAAUGGUGUUAUUAUUGCGCAACAUAAGGACGAGAGAAACAAUAUUUAUAGAGAAACGGUAAGUGGGUGGCCCAGUCUAUGCCUAGACCAGAAAGCAAUAGUUGUCUUAUAUUAACUUAAUGUAAAGUAUGACGUGUGUUGUAGUGCACUGGGUUACGAGCUGGUGAUAUCAGGAUUGGAGACGACUGGUGCAUUGAUGACGUUCGAGAGCUCUGAAGGAGGAGUGACUGUACGCGACGAAGUGUGGGUAGCCGGGCCUGAUCCCCGUGCUGAUAACGUUCUUGCUUGCGGUGGAUGGGGCGUGUGCUUGGAAGGCGUCGGGUGGCGCGGCGAGCCGGGUGCGGUGCGAGUGUUCGCGGGCGCGGGCGUGUCGCUCGCAGUGCUGUGGGCCGCUCGCCCGCACCGAGCCACUGUCGCGUUGCGGCUUGACCGUCCGCCAACCGCUAGGACUAUACACCAAUUACCUAUAUCCAAGAUGGAGUUCGCACCUGGCGAAUGGCCAUCGGCGAUGGUUCCACUGAUCAUCGAGGCAGAAGGUCUCACUUCUGGACCACUACUUUGUUCUGAAGACCAAAGAUAUGCAUUAGAAGGCAUACAAGUCGAGCUACCCUUCACAUGUCGAACGAAAGCGCCUCACACCGCACAAGCCGUUUUGGAUAUUAUUAAUGGUGAACUUGGCUGCUCUAUUUUACCAGCAACACCGAUCAUAGAUUCCUCUGAAAUCGAAUUAUGCGCUGAAUGGGAUGCCGCCCGCACUUGUACACGAGUGCUUCUACUGCCUCUUAUCAAACUCUCACACACUAAAGUCUCAUUACUGAAUCCUCCCGCCUUCUUCACUAUCUCUGGUCAUCCACACGCUCUGAAACUAGUCAAAAUGAACACCUCCCCCGGCCUUAAACUAGAAACACGUACUAAAGACGGCGAGAUUGAUGUAAUAGUUAAAAGCGAAGCAUCUGCUUGUGGUGUCGGAUGGGUGAAUGUGCGGUCGAAGUUAACUGCGCAAGAUUUACGAGUAGAAGUCCAAAGAGAGUGUGAGGUGGCGUGUGGGACCCUGCUUGGAGCCAUAUUUACGUUACUGAAACCUUAUUUGUCUACGUUGGUGACUGUCGCUGCGGUUGCCGCUGCAUUUUUAUAUGCACAAUCACGGAUGCAGCAGAAGGGUCAAAUCCGGAUACCGGAGCAACCGCCGCCCCAAAGUCCGGUGCCGGAACAACUAAACCGGUCCCGGACGUGGUCGCGCAGCCCAUACGCGUCUGGCCCUGCCGCGCCCGUCUACGGUGAUGCCAGCUUUCUCCCGGACCAGAGCUUCUCACCCAAUACCACCACAAUGCACUCCAGCUUCCCAGCGUUUGGUUUAUAGCACUUGCAACCGUUGUUUAGACAAGUGAAUUCAUCCACAUAUUAACUAGUCUAAUAAUUUUCUUUUAAACCUUUAUUAUUAGACGUUUGGCAAUUUACUUAUUGUAAAUUGUUGUGUAAAUAUUAAAAUCAUAUUACAGUAAUUGUUGUGAUUGAAAAAUUCCGAAUAGGGUGUUGUUUGAAUUGUAUUUUCUUUGCCAUGCAUGGGAGUAAUGAUUUGGUGUUGAGUAUCUAGUGAAGUACUAGCUCAACUAGUAAGAGCUCUGGCAUCGAAAUUUUUAGUUUUUUUUUUUAUUAUUUUAGUAAUAUUUCAUAUUUUCUUUUAGUAACACUAAUUUAAUUUCAUUAUUAAUUACAAAUUUAGUAAAAAUGAGAAAGCAAUAUUUGUACAAAAUAACAUUUCUUAAAGAAUGUACACACAGACAGUAGAAAUAACAGAUUUUGUUACUAACUAUUGACUAUAACAUUAGGGGUUAUUGCACUAUUAUAAUAUAUAGGAUCAUAUCUCUUGAAUGUACAUACUAAGAACAAUUUAUUAUAUUCAUAAUAAAUGCGUACAUAGUUGGUUUAGAUUACAUAUGUAUUUUGAAAAUCAUGUCUGAGAAUAUAGGAUAAACAUUUGUAGCAGAUCACUAGAUUUUUGCAUACAUAAAAUAUAUGAAGAGUUUCUUUAACUGAGUGACGAUGAUGAGCCAAUUAAAACCAUCAUUUAAAGUAUGUAAUGACACAUUUGAUAUAUAGUCCUAAUAAAAUAAUAUUGUAAAAACCCUGUUAAACUGACAAAGAUUAUUUUCAUAAAUUAUAUACUUUGUGAGAAUGCAUAUUGAAAUUUCGAAUGUAAAAUAUUGUAUAAUUAAUAAUUAUAACAUUUGUAAAAACUAAGCAAAAUGCUGUCACUAAGAAUAGUCUGGGCAUUAUUAACGUACUUUGCGAAAACUUAGCAUCUAUAAUUUUUUUUCAAUUACACAACAUAUUUACCUCUUUGUUUUAAUUAUUACAGUAUUAGAGUACUAUUACUUUAUGAUAUUAGUUAAAAUAGGGCUUAACUUAGUUCCCAUUGUAUUGCCUCUUUUCAUUUGUAUAAAUAAAUAGAUAAUAUAAAUAGUUUAAAAACAAUAAAUGCUUGAAUUAUAAUAAGCAGUAUAAGCCACUUAUAAAUAAGUGUAGCAUAUUGGUAUCUAUUAUCUGGUAAUACUAUACUGCUAAUACAAUAUUGUUCUCAUUUUUUAUUAUAAUAUGUCAGACUAGCGUAUUUUGAUUAUAAUUUGUUGCCAGUCAUUUUGCUCAGAAGUGUUACGGGUAUAGAAAUUUAAAAUAUUUGUAUAAGAGGAGAAUGAAAUAACCCUAAGCACUUUUGUUAUUUAAUAUCGUCACGCACGAACUUAAAAAACUUGUAAGUAAAUUGUUUUUCAAUAUUUUUAUCAAUAUAUAUUAUUCCCCUCUAUUCGGUGCGCUCAAACUCUCAGUAGCCUCAAAACCUUUGUUAAAUCCUAUUACCUCUCCAUUUAGUACUAUUUUUUUUUUAAGAAAAAGGAGUAUCUUUGUAUUGAGUAGAGUAGUAUAAUAAUGUGUUGAGUCAAAGCGUUAUGAUGACAGACAUAAGCUAUGUAAAUAAUUAUUGUGACGGAUUUGUUUUUUAGUUUUUAAUAUUAAAAUAUAAAUAUGAUCUUCUAAACUCUAACCCCAAAAUUGGAGUUGGAGGAUUUUUAAUUCAAAUGGUUUUUUUUUUUGUUUAUUAUGCGAUGUGUUCACUAAUUGUGGAUCGAUUUUCAUGUUUUUUUUUUUUUUUGUAAUCGAAAGGUUCUAUAACAAUAUUAUUGAAACAAAAAUUAGGUAUAAUAGUUUUACACUUUGUUUGGACAAAGUUCGUUUUUUUUUUCGUAAACAAGCUUUGUCAUUUUAAUAUCUGUGCAUACAGUUAAGAAAAAUGAACCAUGAAGUUGUAAAAAUUAUUAAUAUUUGAUAUCGCUGUCCCAACAAUUUAAAUAGAGUCAUCUCAUACUUCUUUAAAAUUUUAAGAGGUUGUUUUGGGUAAGACAAUCAUUAAUUUAUUGAGUUUUACAAAUAAACGUAAAUAAAAUAAUUAUCGAAAGAAUUAUGGUUUCUUGUUUAUUAAAUAAGUUUUAACAUCUAGUCUUUGGCUGAAGUAAAAGAUUUUAUAGAAUAAUCAAAUUAGAAUAAAUAUAAUUUAAUUUGUUUGGCAAGUGCUUAAGUACUUACUUUAAAUGUACUGAAUGGAAAUGGAAGAUGAAAUCCAAGACGUAUAGUGUAUAACUUUGUUGAAAUUUCAAAAUAGAAUCUUUGAUUCUAAUUCAAUCACGUGACUUGCCCUAGGUACGAUGUUCUAAAACUAUAAAAUGUCGACUUCGCUUUUUGGGGAAAAUUAUUAAUUUUCAUGAAUAUUAACACCAGGUUUAGGCUCAUUAUAUCCAUUAUGAUUAAACUUAUACAAAAUAUAAUAAGUGAUGACUAAUAUUCUAUAAUAUUUUUGGAGUCUAUACAUGAAAAAAAAAAACUAUUUAUCAAUUUAACAUUGUCUCUUUAUGUAACGUGAGAAAACUAGACAAGCUAUCAGUAUACCCCAGUGGGUAUUAAGUCACGCAAAUAUUGUAUUUAACUAGUUAGUAUUUAUACUUAUUAAAUUUUGUAUGUUUUGCUUAAUAACAUACAAACACACAUUUUUACCAAAAAAUAAAAUAAAAUAAAUCUCGAGAAUGUCGAGUUAAAAGUCUGAUAUAGUUAUGAUAUUGUACGCAAUUAAAAAUUUGUGUUUGUUAUCCUAUACAUGUAUAGGGAAUUUACGUUGUAAUAAAGUAUUUUUGAAUAAA